CUGCAGCCCGGACCCCCAGCGGCGGGGCCGCGCCCGAGGCGGCCUGGCGCCGUGGCAGAGCGGGGCGGCUUCAGCCCCGGGGCUAUAAUUAUCUGUAAUUAGCUCUAUACUUAGCUGUAAUUAGCUGUAAUUAGCGGCUGCGCGGUCCCCAGCACCCCAGUGCGGCGGGGUCCGCUCCCAGCACUUUGCUGUCCGUCCAGAGCGGAGCAGUGCAGAAACAAGCCGGGCCGGGCCGAAUCGGGCCGGGCCGUGCCGAAGCGAGCCUACCCGAACCGACAGGAGCCCAGCUGAGCCUACCCGAGCCGGACCAAACCGUGCCGAAGUGAGAUUAGCCCAGCCGAGCUGAAUCCCGCUUUCACAGUCAGAGCCGAGCCCACCCGAGCCAAUCCGAGACCAACAGUGCCGAACCGAGCUGAUUUGAGCCCACCCGAGCCGAUCUGAGUCCAGCUGUGCCGACCUGAGCCCCGCCGGUCCGUGCCGUGCCGUGCCGAGCCGCGGGCGGGCGCUAGGACCCCGCGCGGCCCGGGCUGAGCCGCGGCCGGAGCCGGCGCCACUUGCGGCGCGGGGCCAUGAGCGGCCGCUUCACCGUCACCGCGCUGCCCCGGCAGCCCCACCGCCCGCCCCACCGCGGCGCGGACACCGACACCGGCACCGGCACCCUGCCACACCCGCACGGCACCGGCGAUGGCAAUCCCAAGGAGAGCAGCCCCUUCAUCAACAGCACGGACCUGGAGAAGGGCAAAGAGUAUGAUGGCAAGAACAUGGCGCUCUUCGAGGAGGAGAUGGACACCAGCCCCAUGGUCUCGUCCCUGCUGAGCGGGCUGGCCAACUACACCAACCUGCCACAGGGCAGCCGGGAGCACGAGGAGGCUGAGAACAAUGAUGGGGGCAAGAAGAAGCCGGUGCAGGCCCCACGGAUGGGCACCUUCAUGGGUGUCUACCUGCCCUGCCUCCAGAACAUCUUUGGGGUCAUCCUCUUCCUGCGCCUCACCUGGGUGGUGGGGAUUGCUGGCAUCAUGGAAUCCUUCUGCAUGGUCUUCCUCUGCUGCUCCUGUACAAUGCUGACGGCCAUCUCCAUGAGCGCGAUUGCCACCAAUGGCGUGGUACCAGCGGGUGGCUCCUACUACAUGAUCUCGCGUUCCCUGGGACCUGAGUUUGGUGGGGCUGUGGGGCUCUGCUUCUACCUGGGCACCACCUUCGCCGGCGCCAUGUACAUCCUGGGCACCAUUGAAAUCCUGCUGGCCUACAUCUUCCCAGGCAUGGCCAUCUUCAAGGCAGAGGACGCCAGUGGGGAGGCAGCUGCAAUGCUCAACAACAUGCGUGUGUACGGCACCUGCGUGCUGACCUGCAUGGCCACUGUGGUGUUUGUGGGGGUCAAGUAUGUCAACAAGUUUGCUUUGGUCUUCUUGGGAUGUGUAAUCCUCUCCAUCCUCGCCAUCUACGCUGGAGUCAUCAAGUCGGCCUUCGACCCACCGAGCUUCCCUAUCUGCCUCCUGGGCAACAGGACGCUGUCGCGCCAUGGCUUCGACCUCUGCACUAAGAUGGUGAUAGAGGGGAAUGAGACAGUGGGCUCCAAGCUCUGGGAGCUCUUCUGCACCUCCCGCUUCCUCAAUGCCACCUGUGAUGAGUACUUUACCAUGAACAACGUGACCGAGAUUGAGGGCAUCCCCGGUGCUGCCAGUGGCCUCAUCCAAGAGAACCUCUGGAGCUCGUACCUGACCAAGGGCGUGAUCGUGGAGAAGCGGGGGCUGCCCUCGGUGAGCCCCCCUGACACCCCGGUGGACAUGGACCAGCCCUACGUCUUCAGCGACAUGACCUCCUACUUCACUCUGCUCGUUGGCAUCUACUUCCCUUCGGUCACAGGCAUCAUGGCUGGCUCCAACCGCUCUGGAGACCUCCGGGAUGCCCAGAAGUCCAUCCCCACGGGCACCAUCCUGGCCAUCGCCACCACCUCCACCGUCUAUAUCAGCUCCGUCGUCCUCUUUGGGGCGUGCAUCGAGGGGGUCGUCCUGCGUGACAAGUUUGGUGAAGCUGUCAACGGGAACCUGGUGGUUGGCACCCUGGCGUGGCCAUCCCCGUGGGUCAUUGUCAUCGGCUCCUUCUUCUCUACAUGUGGGGCUGGGCUGCAGAGCCUCACUGGAGCUCCCCGCCUCCUGCAAGCCAUCUCCAGGGAUGGGAUCGUGCCCUUCCUCAGGGUCUUUGGUCACGGCAAAGCCAACGGGGAGCCAACGUGGGCCCUGCUGCUCACAGCGUGCAUCUGCGAGAUCGGGAUCCUGAUCGCCUCCCUGGACGAGGUGGCUCCCAUCCUCUCCAUGUUUUUCCUUAUGUGCUACAUGUUCGUCAACCUGGCGUGUGCGGUGCAGACACUGCUGCGGACACCCAACUGGCGGCCCCGCUUCCGCUACUACCACUGGACCCUGUCCUUCCUGGGCAUGAGCCUCUGCCUGGCGCUGAUGUUCAUCUGUUCCUGGUACUACGCGCUCGUGGCCAUGCUGAUCGCCGGCCUCAUCUACAAGUACAUUGAGUACCGCGGGGCGGAGAAGGAGUGGGGCGAUGGUAUCCGGGGGCUGUCCCUGAGCGCAGCCCGCUAUGCGCUGCUGCGGCUGGAGGAGGGUCCCCCCCACACCAAGAACUGGAGGCCACAGCUGCUGGUCCUGGUCCGUGUGGAUCACGAGCAGAACAUGGUGCACCCGCAGCUCCUGUCCUUCACAUCUCAGCUCAAGGCUGGCAAGGGCCUUACCAUUGUGGCCUCUGUGCUGGAAGGGACCUUCCUGGACAACCACCCGCAAGCGCAGAGGGCAGAGGAGUCUAUCCGCCGGCUGAUGGAAGCGGAGAAGGUGAAGGGCUUCUGCCAGGUAGUGAUCUCCUCCAACCUGCGGGAUGGCAUGUCCCACCUCAUCCAGUCCAGUGGACUGGGCGGGCUGCAGCACAACACUGUGCUGGUGGGCUGGCCCCGCAACUGGCGCCAGAAGGAAGACCACCAGACCUGGAGGAACUUCAUCGAGCUGGUGCGAGAGACCACAGCCGGGCACCUCGCUUUGCUGGUGGCCAAGAACGUUGCAAUGUUCCCAAGCAACCAGGAGCGAUUCUCAGAGGGCCACAUUGACGUCUGGUGGAUCGUCCACGAUGGGGGGAUGCUCAUGCUGCUGCCCUUCCUCCUGCGGCACCACAAGGUCUGGCGCAAGUGCAAGAUGCGCAUCUUCACGGUGGCACAGAUGGACGACAACAGUAUCCAGAUGAAGAAGGACCUGACCACGUUCCUAUACCAUCUGCGCAUCAACGCGGAGGUGGAGGUGGUGGAGAUGCACGAGAGCGACAUCUCUGCCUACACCUAUGAGAAGACGCUAGUGAUGGAGCAGCGCUCCCAGAUCCUCAAGCAAAUGCACCUCACCAAGAAUGAGCGGGAGCGGGAGAUCCAGAGCAUCACUGACGAGUCCCGUGGCUCUAUCCGGCGCAAGAACCCAGCCAACACACGCCUGCGCCUAAAUGUCCCUGAGGAGCAGGUGGGCGAUGGCGAGGAGAAGCCAGAGGAGGAGGUCCAGCUCAUCCAUGACAAAAACACCACCACCUUCUCCAGCAGCUCCCAGUCUCCAGGCGACGAGGUGGAGACAGCCCCUGAGAAGGUGCAUCUCACCUGGACCAAGGAGAAGUCUGUUGCUGAGAAGAACAAGACCAAGAGUCCCGUCAGCCCUGAGGGCGUCAAGGACUUCUUCAACAUGAAGCCGGAGUGGGAGAACCUGAACCAGUCCAACGUGCGGAGGAUGCACACGGCCGUGAAGCUCAACGAGGUGAUCGUGAAGAAGUCCCAGGAUGCCAAGCUGGUCCUGCUGAACAUGCCAGGGCCUCCCCGCAACCGGAAAGGAGAUGAGAACUACAUGGAGUUCCUGGAGGUGCUGACAGAGCACCUGGACCGAGUGCUCCUGGUGCGUGGUGGCGGCCGGGAGGUCAUCACCAUCUACUCCUGAAACGUGGCGCGCAAGAGAGCACCAGAUCUUCCGGGAGCAUCCAGCACCAGAGCAGCUGUUCCUCAUUGCAACAUCACAGCACUGCUGUCCUUGUUUAUAUAUAAAUACAUACACUGUACCGCGGACUGAGCACCAGAGCCCAGCGCUGCCGCCACCGCCCGUCCCCACCAGCCCCACUGCUGCUGCUUCAGUGCCCGGACGGGCAGGAGGGCGGCUGUGCCGAGACGGGCACCCAGCCCCACCGUGCUGCUACCCCUGCGUGGAGCCCGGCCGGAUGCGCCUGUGCCCUGUGACUGCCCGCUGCUCGCACCCUGCCUCCCGCGGAGGCGCUGGGAGAAGAGAGAGGCCACCAGCACGCUUUCUUCACCAGAUGCUCCUCUCCCUACCUCCGGCAGCACCCGGGGACGCUCCCCACGGUGCUGCCCCCCAGCUGCCCCUCACCAGGAUGGGCCCAGACAACCCCACUGCCCUGCUGCCUUGGCACUACCCAUCUCUGGAGGCCGUGGGCCAAGCUUGUGGAGAUGCAGCGUGAUGGUUUGGAGGGGGCAGAGGGUGGGGGGCAGCGGUGGGAGGUUGGGUGCUGGAGCGCGUCCGUCUUGCAACAGCACACGCCCUGGUCUGGGUGGGCAAGAGGUGCUCCCUGUCCCCUUCCCUGCUGACCCCAGGUUCUCUCUGCCCUGGUGCUCUCCUGGUGCUUGCGCCGUGGUUGCGUGUGUGGAGCUGUAGUGUCCGGAGCUGUGCAGAGGCCCCACGGUGUGCCACGUGAGCCAGAGCCACUCUCUGGCUGCUGGAGCUGCAUGGGUGCCACUGGACCCUUGGGCACCAGUGUCUGCUCUUGGCUUGGGCGCAGAAGAGUCCUGUCCCGUCCCAUCCCAUCUCACUCUCUCCUCCACAACGCUGCACUGGGCACACUGCGGGCUCUUGGCACUGCCAGCCCGGCUGGUCCCAGCACCUGCCCGUGUGUCCUGGUCCCCGUGCCCCGCUGUACUCCCCGUUG